GCUCACCCCUGUAGUCCCAGCACUUUGGGAAGCCGAGACGGGCGGAUCAUGAGGUCAGGAGUUCGAGACCAGCAUGGCCAACAUGGUGAAACCCCAUCUCUACUAAUACAAAAAUUAGCUGGGAAUGGUGGCGCGUGCCUGUAGUCCCAACUGCUCGGGAGGCUGAGGCAGGAGAAUCGCUUGAACCUGGGAGGCGGAGGUUGCAGUGAGCCAAGAUAGCGCCACUGCACUCCAGCCUGGGCGACAGAGCGAGACUCCGUCUCAACAACAAAACAAAACAAAAAAACCAAGUAUACAAUGUUGAUACAUGUGUUUCUUUUCCUGUUUCUCUGCAGUGUCUAGUGAGAUUGAUUUUUUACCACUUGAAAAUGAUGGGUGAGUCUAGCGGAAAGGAAUCCACUUCUUGAAUUCAAAUAGACUAGACUGUGAUUUUCAAGUCCCUAAUGAAUUGUUCUAAAAUCGCUGAGUUUUGAGUUGCCAGGAAAACAUUGAAGACAGAGACCAAAACCCUGAGGGCAGAGAGAAGCUGCAAACCAAGACCUGAAUAUUUGAAAAUACCAUUUAUUAACCUUCAAAUGCAAUUGUAGCUGCAGCACCAUCACUGCUGGCCUGUAAAACAUUUUAUAUUCUUAAGAGGGAGGCAUUCGUGAUACUAAUUCUUUUUACAGAUAGUUUCUGAUGUUAUCCCAAAAGCAAUGCACUUUAAAAAAUAAUGAUCAGAAUCAAAGAAUUUAAACAAAAAGCAAAGAAUUUAAACAAAAAGCACUUUUCACCGCAUUAUUUAAUUAAAUCAUUUGUCAAAAUGAAAUUUGACCUUCUGCUUAUUGGCAAAAUCCUCAUUUCUAACAUUUACAAGAGAUUUUAACUCAAUAAACGAAGUACGUUAACAGUGCACUGCCCUGCCCUGCAGUAACGCCCCCCACCCCCACAAACUGUAUCUGGGGUCAGCUGUUGCUGGGAAUAAAAAUAAUAGGCAGAUUCACUCCAGCUUUCAGUCUUUCAUUUGCAACCAAUCUCCAAGCCCCAGAGCCUGGGGGCCGUGCCUUUCCACCCUUCAGCGCGGGGCGCACGGAUCUGAAUAUUUAACACCCGGUUCCAGGACACGCGCCUGGGGAACACCCACAAUCCCUCGCGGCCCGCGGAGCCCGGCUGGCGGGUGACCCAGCGCCGCGGCUCCGAGAGGAGCGAGGUCACCCGGCGCUUCCCGAGACCUUGGCCCUAGGCCCAGCUGGCGCUGGGACGCGAGGCAACCGGGCCGCCGGCCAAUCAGCGCUUUGCAGGACUAGCACGCAGGGGCCGCACCCCUGAGGGUGACCGGAACCGUUCCCGCGGGACGGGCAGGCUGCGGCGCCUGGCCGCAGACAGACAAGGGGGCGCCGGCUCUUCAGAACCGCAGGGAGAAAGCGGUGGAGGGCUAGAGUUGAGGAGAUUAAAGACAUUUGAGGAGGGCAGGCAUUACCAAGUUAAAACCUGCUGAAAGACAACUCCAUUGGGCGACCCGUCUGUGCCGCACAGCCUGACGGUAGCGUCAUCCUUCCUGCGCAGGCUGCAACCGACAGACGGGCUCGACUCCGCCUCCAGCCGCGGGGGACGCGGGGAGAGCCGAGCGUUCCUCCCUCCGCUAACCCGGACAGCAAAGGAGCAUUUCCGGCGUAAGACUGUCCCUACGGAAGGGGUGGGGCUAGUUUGGCCCCGUCUUUCACGCCCAGAGGGGGCGGGGUGGACCGUGACAGCGCUACUGCCCGCAGUAAGGCCGGCUCUUGUGCCGGAAGGAGGAAGGCGUGGGGCAUUCGCCUCUCGGAGCUAGGGAGUGUGUGCGACGCCGCUGCGAGGUCACGUGAGCCACUGCCGGCAGAGAGGGAAAGGGGCGGGGCCCAGAACGAAGGGGGGAGGCGCCCCUUGUUUCCCUGGGGUCACGCGCAGCCGGAAGUGGCGGCUGCUGCGGAGAAUUGGAGAUGGGGACCGCCCUGGACAUCAAGAUUAAAAGAGCGAAUAAAGUUUAUCACGCCGGGGAAGUGCUCUCUGGCGUGGUGGUCAUAUCGAGUAAGGAUUCAGUCCAACACCAGGGAGUGUCUUUGACCAUGGAAGGAACUGUAAACCUCCAGCUCAGUGCCAAAAGUGUGGGUGUGUUUGAAGCUUUUUAUAAUUCUGUUAAGCCUAUCCAGAUUAUCAACAGCACCAUAGAAAUGGUGAAGCCAGGGAAAUUUCCCAGCGGCAAAACAGAAAUCCCUUUUGAAUUUCCUCUGCACGUGAAGGGUAACAAAGUUCUGUAUGAGACGUAUCAUGGCGUGUUUGUCAACAUUCAGUAUACGCUGCGCUGUGACAUGAAGCGGUCUCUGUUGGCCAAGGACUUGACAAAGACCUGUGAAUUUAUCGUUCACUCCGCUCCUCAGAAGGGGAAGUUUACUCCCAGUCCCGUGGACUUCACGAUUACACCUGAAACCUUACAGAACGUCAAAGAGGAUCAAGUGAAGGACAAGCUGGGAGGCCUGGGCCCUGGGAUGUCAUUGGCCUCAUCCCUCAGAGGCUGGACAUGUGUCGUGGGGAGCCUUUCAGACAGGCCCCCGCCCGAUGGCAGGCUGACCACACGCCCUGCGAGCACACCCGCUCUCACCGCUCCCCCUGCCACCUGGAGGACGGGUGCCCUGAACUCCCGGGAGCCGGAUUGUCUGUCCACUUUCUGCCGGACAGAAACACUUCACUGGGGUGGUCCCCACGGGGUGUUCCUUGUGGCUUUUCUAGGUAUAGGUUUAUUUGUAAACACGAAGAACUUUUCUUUCCGCAGAACCAUUCAGGUUUAUUGUUGGAAAAUAAGAAAAUAACACAUAAAGCAAAUAAAAUAAAAUUGCUUAUUCACAAAAUGCCACUGGUGGUUGUUUUGCUUUUUAAGUAGAAAAGAGAUGUAUUGUAGAAAAUCUUGUAGAUUUUUAAGUAGAAAAGAGAUUUAUUGGAAGGAUAUAAGAUAGCUUUAUAGGAACUACUAGGCUGGAGCUCAGACGCAAAAUAGUAUAGGUUUAUUUUAUUUGUAUAUGUUAAAAUCAUGUCAGUGGGAGGAGAGGGAAAAUGAUUGUUUAGUCAGUUUCUUGAGCUGAAUGUUGAAAGCUAUCCUUUUUCAUUAGUCGCCUAAAAGAAUUUUAAUGUGUACUGCUACUGCUUUUUGUUUUUCUACACAAAUAGCUUCUCUUAGUUAUUUUUAAAACUCUGUCUUGGCCAGGCACAGUAGAUCAUGCCUGGAAUCCCACCACUUUGGGAGGCCAAGGCAGGAGGAUCACUUAAGGUCAGGAGUUCAAGACCAGCGUGGGCAACACAGAACCUGUCUCUACAAAAGAAAAAUGUAAAAAUUAGCUGGGUGUGGUGGCAUGUGAUUGUAGUCCCAGCUACUAGGGAGGCUUAGGCAAAAGGAUUGCCUGAGCCCAGGAGGUGAGGCUGCAGUGAGCCAUGUACUUCAGCCUGGGCAACAGAGCAAGACCCUGUCUCUAAAAAUGUUUAUAAUAAAAACAAAUAAAUAAAAGCUCCAUCUUGAAUGCAGACUUUUUCAGAGGUCUGUACCUUUGGGGACUGCCAGGUCCAGAGCCCCGGGCUUUUCAGGUCCAGAGCUUCACUGCCUGGUCAGGUGGCCACCAGCCACACAUCACCAUUGACCCUGGGCACAUGGCUGGACCAAGUAGCUGAGGUGGAUGUGUAAAUACUGACCAGAUUUCAAAGACUCAGGAUGAAAAGGAGAAUGUAAAACAUCAUUCAUAUUUUUGAUAUUGAUUAUAUGUGGAAGUGAUAGCACUUUUGAUAUAUUCGUUAAUUUUACCUUCUUUUUUAAUGUGGCUACUAGAAAAUUCCAAAUUAUAUAUGUGGCUUCCACUCGCAGCUUGCAUUAUGUUUCUGUUGGACAGUAGUAUGCCAAUAUCUGAUCCUUUCAGUAACUGGGAUCCAGCCAGAGGUAAAGAUUCCUAGAAAAACCGUCUCUGUCUAGACCAAGCCCAUUCAACCCACAGCCCACAGGCCAGGAUGGCUUUGAAUGUGACCCAACACAAAUUCAUAAACCUUCUUAAAACAUGAGAUUUUGUUUCUGUGAUUUUUUUUUAACUCAUCAGCUAUCAUUAGUGUUAAUAUAUUUUAUGUGUGACCCAAGACAAUUCUUCUUCUUCCAACGUGGCCCAGGGAAGCCAAAAGAGUGGACACCCCUGCUCUAGACCAUCAUCAGUCCUUCCUGGCCAGUGUCCUGUCUGCAGAGUAAAGGUUUGUAGGCUUCUCAUCAAGCGUCAAAGAAACUAGUUUUCUUUAAAUUUCCGUGAAAUAAAAUAAAUGUCUUGGGUUUUAAAAAUUGUACAAUUGGGAACAUCUUUGAAUGUUUUUUUUUAAGAGACAGCAUCUCAUUCUUGUCACCCAGACUGGAGUGCACUGGUGUAAUCAUUGCUCACUGGAGCCUCAAGCUCCUGGGCUCAAGCAAUCCUCCUGCCUCUGCCUCCCAUGUAACUGAGACUACAGGUAUGCACCAGCCUGCCCAGCUAAUUUUUAAAACAUUUUUUAGAGAUGGGGUCUUGCUGUGUUACACAGGCUGUUCUUGAACUCCUGGCCUCAAGUGAUCCUCCUGCCUUUGCCUCCCAAAGCCCUGGGAUUACAGGCUUGAGCCACUGUGCCUGGCCAGGAUUUUUUUUUUUAACUGUGUGUGUGUCAGGUUGUCUUGAACACCACGGCGACUCCCUCAGACUUUUUUGUGUCUUAUUCCUUGGUAAGAAGGAGCUUUCUAGCUCUGAGACUAGGCAAUUAGGAUGGUUCUCUGAGGCAUUCCCUGUACACAGAGUGUCAGUCAGGUGCCAUAUGUAGAGCGUUGUUGAAUAAUUCAGCCGGCUAAUGUCCAAGACGUCAGUACUUCGCUCCUUUCUUCCCAUUUUGUGAGACGGUCCCGGUGGACUGUAUAACCACUAUCCAACUUCGCCUCCAGGUUUUAUUUGCACCAAAGUAUGGAGCACUUUCCCCCCUUGCCUGCAUUCUGAUGUAUUUGUUUUCAU